AUGUCCAGGACAAGGAAAGAGAGGAAGACAGACGACUGCCGUGGCAAGAAGAAAGAAGAUGCAAAGCAAAGCAAGGCGGAAGGUGAAGCAGAGCAGAGCGAGAGCGGCAAGAAAGAAGUUCUUGGUAGCCAAUUGAUCCGCAUCGGCUGGGCCAAGGACAGGCAAGGGCGCACAGACGGGGAGACAGACAGGUCUCACCAGCUGCAUCAGCGGCCAGACCCCAGCGCCUGGCCCGUCCGUCGUAUCUUCUCCGCGAUGCACGGCCUGCGACAAGGGCUGACCGCCAUACCGCUCUUUUGGCCUGGGCUUACCAUGUCUGGCAGAUCCAGAAGCGCAAUCCUUGAUUGA